AUGACCACCUCUGAGAAUGAGUGGGAGAGCAUCAAGGGUGUCAAGCUUAGCAAGCCGACGCUGAGCUUGAUGAAUGACUGCCUUGGUUUCCGCACGAUGGCGCCUGUUCAGGCCCGCGUCGUUCCCCUUCUUCUCACCAACUACGACGUCGUGGUCGAGGCGGUGACCGGGAGUGGGAAGACCUUAGCCUAUUUGAUCCCCUGCCUCGAGAUGCUGCUGCGGCCGGCCGGCCAGGAGGCCUGCCGUGCGCGCAAGAAUGCGAUUAUUGCGAUGGUCGUUCUCCCCUCCCGCGAGCUCGCGCAGCAGGUCUUCCAGAUCGUGAAGAAGAUGCUGCACUACGUCACGAAGGAGUAUCGCACCGGGAAGGAAAAGCCCCUUCCGAGUUACUCCUACUUGUGUUACAUCGGCGGCCGAGAUAUCAAACUCGACGUAGAGGAUUUUGAAAAGCAUGGGGGGAAUGUCAUCGUGGGAACGCCGGGGCGGCUGUUCGAGCUCUUCAUCUCGUCGAAGUAUUCCGGCUUAUUUGACUGCAGUGCCUUUGAGCUGCUCAUUCUGGAUGAGGCGGAUAAGCUUCUGGAGUUUGGUUUUAAGGCGAAGCUGGAUGCCUUGAUCAAGCGCCUGCCCAAACAACGACGGACGGGUAUGUUUAGCGCGACGCAAACCAAAGAGCUCACGGAGAUCGCGCGGGUAGGGAUGCGCAACCCGGUUUCCGUUACGGUCCGCGUCCACUCCAUGAGCACCACCGUGGCGGAUGAAACGAAGCCGCAGAUUCCGGAUCGCCUCAUCAACUACUACACCUUCACGAAGGCUUCCGAGAAGUUAGAUCGCUUGCUCGAAUUUCUUCGCGCGCACCUCAGCGAGAAGGUGAUUGUGUACACGAUGACUUGUGCAGGGGUGGAUUGGCUUUACGAGGCCCUCAGCACCGUUCUUCUCGCGGACGAGGCCGAUCACAUCUUCCCGUUGCACGGCCAAAUGAAGCUGGAAAAGCGGCAAAAGGUGCAACGCGCCGUUACGAAAUCCUCGCGUUGUAUUCUCGUCGUUACGGACGUCGCCGCGCGCGGGUUGGAUAUUCCGGAGGUUGGGGUGGUUGUGCAGUUCGAUCCGCCGGUGGAUCCGAAUACGUUUAUCCAUCGCAUCGGCCGCACCGCGCGGAUGGGAAGGCGGGGAACGAGCCUCGUGCUUCUCAUGCCGCACGAGCUCGAGUACGUCACCUUCAUGGGGCUCCAAAAUGUGCGUCUCCUCCCGUUGGAUGAAACGCGAGAUAGCAUGGAGGCCGGGCAGGAUCAGCUCGACCAGCUCAACGCGCGACGGACCUUGUUUAGUUCGCAGCCGGUGGAUAAACGGAAGUCGAUUCAUCAAUCCCAUCGCCUGAAACAGCUCACCCGGCGCGAGCGUCGGGCGAAGCUCCAUGCGGAUCAUCUGAACGCAGCCGCCGGCGCCGAGAGGGCGCGUGUGGAUCGGAAGGAGGUGCUCGGCGAUUUAUGCGAGAGUCCGUCGGUGUUAGCGCUUCGCCGGGCGGCGUGUGGGAACGAGAAGCUGCUGAAUUUAGCCACCCGGGCGUUUGUUUCGUUUAUCCGAGCCUACAAGGAGCAUGAGUGCCGCCACAUCUUUCGCCUGCAGCUGAUCGAUCUCACGGACCUCACACACGGGUUCGGCAUUUUCAAGGUGCCGAACUGCGGGGAGAUCAAGCGGAUGCGGAUUUUGAAGAUUCCACUCCAACCCGAGUUCAACGACUUCGUCCGGGUGUUAUCCGAGAAGGUCCAGGAGAAGCGUCAACGGGAGAUGGAGCAACGGGCGCAGCGGGGUUCGAAAAAUGGCGCCGAGGAGGAUCCCGACGCCCCCGGGUUGAAGCACCACAAGGUGGAGCGUAAUGAGAGGCUGGAGGCGUUAAAAAAGGUGAAAAUGACGCAAUCGGAGCGGAGCCGUGCGUGGCGGCAGGCGGAGAUCGACGAACUCCUGAAGGAUAGCUAUUACGUGAAGAAGGAGCGUCAGGGGCGGAUUAAGGCGCGCGUGGUAGACGAGAAGAUGGGGGUGAAUGCGAUCGAAAAUGCCUUGUUGAGCUCGCGUGAGCGGCAAGAGGCCGGGAAGGUUCGUCGCCACGGCUGA